AUGUCGCAUAAUUCUAAGGGGCGCACUUGUGGUGGGGAUGAUUCAUCAACUCUCGAUGAAAAUUUUUAUUUAGCAGAUAGUCAGGACGACGAUGCAAAUGCAUCCACUCAAAAGGAUGAUGAGUUCAGAAGCGCACUUGUUGCUCGCAGCAUUGUCGAAGAAGAAACCAAACGGAAAAAGUAUGCAGUACUAGAACCAAUGGACGAGCGGCUUAAUCCAAUAGGGCUUUUUGUAGAAAACUUUGAACUUGGUCGGAAACCAAAAAUGCGAUAUCACUACGAUUUCUGCGCUCUCAGCUCCUCGAGGAGAACAUAUCUUACAAUCAGUGAACGUCAUUGCGUCAUAAAAAGAGACUUUGAUAACAGUGUCACAUACUUGUCGGACUGUAGUAAGUUUGGAACAUACGUGAACUCCAAAAUUGUGGGAAAGGGUAAAAUUUGUGUUCUGAAUAACAUGGAUAUUAUAAGUGUCGGCGAUGCAGAAAAUUUCGUAUACAUGUACCUCGAGUGCGCUCAUGUAGAAUCGAGUUUUCCCGCUGAACUUGUUGAAAGGUAUUUUGUAUCCAACCAUAUUGUUGGAGUUGGUGCCAUGGGGACGGUUUAUUUGGGUAAGCGAAGGUUAAGUUACCAGCUGGACAAGGUCGCAAUUAAAGCUGUCAGAAAGAAAAGGUUGGAUGCUCCUGGAGUGGAUGUAUCUUCUGUUGCACGGUCAAUUAAGCGUGAAGUUGAUAUAAUGCUUCAAAUUCAGCAUCCAAACUGCGUUCAGUUGGAAUAUAUGUGUGAGUCCCCAGAUACAGCUUAUCUAGUAAUGGAGUAUAUCGAAGGUGGUGAACUUUUGGAAAGAAUUAUAAGCGAAGAGAAUGAGGGAAAAGGGCUUGGAGAAAAGUUAACCAAGUUUUACGCAUAUCAGCUUUUACAAGCUGUUGAGUACCUACACAAGUGCAAAAUAGUCCACAGAGACAUCAAACCAGAAAAUGUGCUGAUGUUGAAAAAGGAUCCUUAUACAGUUGUGAAACUCUCUGAUUUCGGUUUGAGCAAAGGUUUCUCAUCUCGGCUGGAGUCUUUUUGUGGUACGGAACUUUACAUGGCACCAGAGAUGUUCAGAAAAGAGUUGCGCUAUGAUCAUAUGGUCGAUGUUUGGUCACUUGGUGCUGUGUUCUUCGUUUGCCUUGCAGGUUAUCCGGCGUUUAAUCAGGGUUAUCAGGAUAUGCCGCUCAUACAGCAAAUUUGCAAAGGUCGAUUGAUUUUCAUGGGGAUUUGGAAAACAAUUUCUUCCGAAGCUCAAGAACUUGUAAGGGCAAUGCUGCGUGUCAAUACCGCAGAAAGGAUACCAGUUAAGAGCGCCUUGGAGCAUAGUUGGUUUAAUGAUAGUAUAGUUAGCUACGCCAAACAAGUUGUACGGAAUUAUGAGACAAAGCGUGAACUGCUUCGUUGUAUUUUUCUUCCCACUUCUAUUUAUUUUGGCUACGCAGCUUCAGAUUGUGAACAGUACUCGUCAAGAUCAAAGGACCUCACUGUACUUUUAGGACGGGUUGUGAUCUUUGCAACUGAGUUUGUUUCUGCAGUGGCAGGUGGUGGUGCCAUCUAUUUUGUUAAGGUAGCACUCAAAGAAGUAGUAAAUUUGGAUGUGCAUUUGUUACACGCAGGGUCUGUAAUGGGCCAUAGCAAUAACGGAUGGUACGGUACGGUUUUGUCCACUGAGGUUUUGAGUGGAAUAGUCUCCGGUAAAGGAGACCCUAAUCAGCGGGGAAUGAAGUUUUGUGUUGGUUAUGAAUGGAAGCGCCAUCAUUUGAACAGGUAG